AUGUCUGGUGAACUCGAGCGGUACAUCAGCGAUAAUUCGCUGAGGUUAUUCGGUCUCUCUGACCGCAAAAUUAUUGACUAUGUCAUAGCUUCAGGCAAGUUAUGCUUGCAUUGGUCCAUUUCACACCCUGACGAUGUUAUAGCGAAGUCGGCCAAAACCCCAGAUGCCCUAUUCUCUGCUCUCAAUGCCUCUGGUCUCCCGGACACACCGGAUGCCCACCAGUUCAUCAACGAGGUGUUCAAGCAGGCCCCACGAAAACACAAGCACAAGCGGGACAGCGCACAGAAAAAGGCCGAGAAGGAGACUAAAGCGCUUCAUUCGCAGAAGUUUGGGUUCCUGCUGGACGACGAUGAAGCUGGACCAAGUGACAUCAUUCCAUUGAAGGAGAAGCGAAGGGGGGACGAGAAACGGAAAGAACGGCAUGGUAGGAAACGGGAACAUGACGAUAAAGAAUGGGAGAGUGACGAAGAAGAAAAGGCAAGGAAACGGAGAAGGGCCGAGGAGCAAACUCGGGGAGAUGAUGUUGACGAGCACAUGGAAGAGGUGGAAGAUGAAGUGACGAAGAGAGAGCGAGAGCGAAUAGAGGACAUUCGUGACAGAGAUGCUUUCGCCGAACGGGUCAGAGAGCGGGACAAGGAAAAGACGAAGAAGAUUGUUGAAGAUCGGUCGUCAAAAGACAAAGGAGCCGCGGCAGAGGCAGCACAGAGGCGACUAUUGGCCGACGAUUCCGUGGCAAGGACAGCUGCUAUGCCUUCACUGCGGUUACACUCCCGUCAAGAGUAUCUUACCAAACGAGAACUUCAACAAAUUGAGCUCUUACGGAAGGAGAUUGCUGACGACGAAGCACUCUUUAGCGGGAUGAAAAUAUCGAAGCGUGAACGGCGUGAACUUGAACACAAGAAGGAGUUGCUUCAGCUUGUCGAGCAGCGGAUGAAAAUCAACGACAAAUACGACGGCUAUAUGCUCCCCGAAGAUUACAUCACCGAGCAGGGCAAGAUCGACAAGAAGAAGAAGGAAAAUGCUCUUUACCAACGCUACGAAGAGGCAAAACCCAAGGACGACCAAUUUGUCACAGACGUGGACCAGUGGGAGGCGAGUCAAACACGACAUAGUACAUUCAAGACCGGGGCUCUGGACAAGGAAGAGAUCCAUGAUGAUUAUGAGUAUGUGUUUGACGAAAGUCAAACGAUCAAGUUCGUUAUGGACUCAUCCAUGCCCGGCACACGAAUGACAGCGGCCGAGAAACUGCUGCAGGAUCAAAUUGACGCGGCGGAAAAGCGAGCGAAAACGAUUGAAGAGACGCGCAAAAACUUGCCCAUUUAUGGAUAUAAGGAGCAGCUCAUCGAGGCCGUCAAAGAACACCAAGUGCUCAUUGUUGUUGCCGAAACUGGUUCUGGCAAGACAACUCAACUGCCCCAGUACCUUCAUGAGGCAGGUUACACUCAAGGCGGACUCAAGAUUGGCUGCACACAACCACGGCGAGUCGCUGCCAUGUCCGUCGCUGCCCGUGUUGCGGAGGAAAUGGGUACAAAAGUCGGGUAUGAAGUUGGUUAUUCGAUCCGUUUCGAAGAUUGCACUAGCGACAAAACAGUGCUCAAGUACAUGACCGAUGGGAUGCUGUUGCGCGAGUUCCUCACGGAGCCGGAUUUGGCCGGGUACUCGGCUCUCAUUAUCGACGAGGCGCAUGAAAGGACUCUGAGUACGGAUAUUCUUUUUGCUCUUGUGAAGGACAUUGCGCGUUUUCGGCCAGAGCUACGACUGCUCAUCUCGAGUGCUACCCUUGACGCUGAAAAGUUCAGCGAGUACUUUGACAAUGCUCCCACGUUUUACGUUCCCGGUCGCCAAUUCGCCGUCGAUAUCCAUUAUACCCCACAACCCGAAGCUAACUACCUCCAUGCCGCUAUCACAACUGUCUUCCAAAUCCACACCACUCAGCCUAAAGGGGAUAUCCUUGUUUUCCUUACUGGUCAAGAGGAAAUUGAGGCUUGCCAUGAAAAUCUACAAGAGACGUCACGAGCAUUAGGCAACAAGAUUGCGGAACUAAUUGUUUGUCCCAUCUAUGCCAACCUGCCGAGCGACAUGCAAGCCAAAAUCUUCGAACCAACACCUGAAGGGGCGCGAAAGGUUGUUUUGGCAACCAAUAUCGCAGAGACCUCGAUCACUAUUGACGGUGUCGUCUUUGUUAUCGACCCAGGAUUUGUAAAGCAAAAUUCGUAUAACCCGCGAACGGGGAUGUCUUCUUUGGUUGUCGUUCCAUGUUCUCGCGCCUCUGCCAAUCAAAGAGCAGGUCGAGCAGGCCGUGUGGGUCCCGGGAAGGCCUUCCGACUUUACACUAAAUGGGCAUUCGCGAAUGAAUUGGAGUCCAAUACCAUUCCUGAGAUCCAGCGCACCAAUUUAGGCAUGACCGUUCUGAUGUUGAAAUCUCUUGGUAUCAACGACUUGAUUGGUUUCGAGUUUCUCGAUCCGCCUCCGGGAGAAACCCUCAUGCGGGCGCUCGAACUCCUUUACGCGUUGGGGGCGCUAAAUGACCGUGGCGAGCUGACGAAGCUAGGACGAAGGAUGGCUGAGUUCCCUGUCGACCCUAUGUUAUCCAAGGCGAUCAUAUCGAGUGAAGACUACUCUUGUACUGAUGAGGUCUUGACCAUAAUAUCUAUGCUUUCGGAAUCGGGAUCUCUAUUCUAUCGACCGAAAGACAAGAAACUACAUGCUGACCAAGCACGUCAAAAUUUUGUUCGACCAGGCGGAGACCACUUUACUUUACUCAAUGUCUGGGAGCAAUGGGCGGAGACCAACUACUCGCAACAAUUCUGUUAUGAGCAAUUCCUCCAGUUCAAGAGCCUAAGCCGCGCACGGGAUAUAAGAGACCAGUUGGCAGGGUUGUGCGAACGCGUCGAAGUUGUUGUCCAGUCAAAUCCUAACUCGAACGACAUCACACCAGUUCAGAAGGCCCUGACCUCGGGGUACUUCUACAACACGGCGCAAUUACAAAAGAGUGGUGACUCGUACCGCACGCUGAAGACGAAUCAUACCGUCUACAUCCACCCGUCAUCCAGUCUCUUUCAGUUCCAGCCACCAGUUAAGACUGUGCUCUACUAUGAGCUAGUAAUGACCUCCAAGUCUUAUAUGCGGCAAGUCAUGGAGAUCAAGCCCCAGUGGCUGCUCGAAGUUGCCCCGCACUACUUCAAACCUGCUGAUUUAGAACAGCUAGCGACGGGAGAUAAGAAGAUGCCAAAUGCGAAAGCAGUUGGAUCGGCUGGUGCUGCGACGGCCACAUAA